CCCGAAAGUUGUAGAUGUGGCAUGGAACUAGACCCCUACGCCACCACCGCCACUCCACCCAGCAACCUUAUUUUCCAGAAGUUGCUUGUCUAUGCUAGUCUACUCUAAGCCCGGAUUAUUUUCGCGACCUCUACAUUCAAACCCCGGAUGCUCCUCCCGAGCAAUGAUUCAGCUAUCAAUACGCCGCCCGCGCAGAACGCCCUUAUCCCUCUCCGUCCUAUCGCCCAUGCUUCAAAGCGCAAACGCUCCGCCCAGUCUGCCGCUGAACGGCCCAUCGUCAACAGUACAGACAGUACGGCGGAUCCUGGAACUGAGGCGGUGGUAGCUUCACAAACCCGCGCAAUACUCACACCCCUCAGGCUCGGUACAACCAUCGAGGAAACGCAACCUCGACGCAGCCGCCCUUGGCUCUUCCAAUUCCGCGGCCCCAGCUCCAAAUCACAAACGGCAACGCUCCUGCUUCGCACAACCCCAGCGGCUCACGAGACGGCUUCUCCGGCAACCGAAUGCUGGGAGAAUGUGCAGACGGGCGCUGAAGAGAUGUUGGCACAGCUAGGAUACCUGGACAUUGGCAAAGACGACCUGUUCGGCGAGGAACACAACAGAGGCCUAGGCGCCCAGAAUGAGACUCCCAAUCUGAUCGACUCUGGAGUUGCGGACGUCCACGCAACCUCUCCCGCGAUUCUCCAGCCCAGGCGCACCUGUCGGACAUCCGCGCAAAACGACGCCCUUAUCCUCCUCCGUCCUUUCGCUCGCGCUUCGAAGCGCACACGCUCCCCUCUCGCUGAGAUGAAGUCUGCCGCCGAAUGGUCCAUCGCCGACCGAUUCCCCCAAAGCGCCCUGCCCCGAAGCGCCUACGGUUGA